AUGAAGGGAUUCUGCGGUGGGCUGUGCACCUGCUCUGGUCAAGGGGAGGGUGAGGAGGAUGAGGACGGGGCUCCUCCGCCACGCAGCCUGGCAUCGGUGGAUAGAGAAGGCAAACAGGAGAACUCCAUCCAGAGUCUUACAGAGGAUGGACAGCUCAUCCCCCAGUGUCGGAUCUGCUUCCAGGGAUCAGAGAAGGGGGAGCUGGUGAGCCCCUGCCGCUGCGAUGGCACUGUACGCUACACUCAUGAGGCUUGCCUUAUCCGCUGGAUCAGUGAAAAAGGUUCCUGGACCUGUGAGCUCUGCGACUUUGAGUACAGGGCCUAUUCGCUUUGCACCAAGAACCCCCUGCAGUGGCAAGCGGUCUCGCUUUCCAUAAUUGAAAGGGUACAGAUAUCAGCCACCAUCCUGUGCAUCGUGUUCCUGCUGACUAGUGUGGCUUGGAUCCUGUGGUCCCUCUUGAGCUCCUCUGCAAGAUGGCAGCGGCAGGACUUUAUAUUUCAGAUAUGCUACGGAAUGUACGGCUUCAUGGACUUGGUUUGUGCAGGACUUCUAAUCCAUGAGGGACCGGCUGUCAUCCAGAUCUUGAAGCGUUGGCUUACGAUUAACCAUCAUUGGAAGGUGCUUGAUUAUGAGAAAGAGAAAGACUCGGUCUUGGCAGCUUGCGGUGACGUGGCAGGCAGUGAGGAAACUGCAGACGACGGCCAGGAGGAGACUAAGAGAGUCAAGACCUCUCUAAUGCAGCGCUUUAGCAACACCAUUUCCAACGUUCUACACCAGCUACGGCCCAAUAACCGCGACAACGACAACGGCAACACCAACACCAACACCAACACCAACAACAACGCAAACGCUGAUGUCAUCGACAACGACGACAACGACGACAACGAGGACAUCGUCGUGACAGUGACCACCAUAUGAAGCUUUUAAGGCCUCACAUGUAUCAAAAGCACCCAGCAUCUUGCAUACACAAGCACAGCUUUUGUAUGGCAACUGUUCCAACAUAAAUGGUUAUAUGUCAAUUAUUUUUCUCUGUCAGGACCAAAUAUUGAGCAAUUCUGCAAUUCUUUGAUGAAGAAAGGGAUGUUCUGAUUUCUGUAUUGUCUGCUUUGCUUUUGGAUCAGCCAUGAA